AACCGACGACCCAAUCUCCCCUCCCCAGAUCCCGCUCCUUUCUCGGACCAGGGUUUCUUCUUCUGCUCUGCCUCCGCCGCCUCUCCCUACUCUUUGUCUUCGAUCACGUGCGAGAGCCUUCUCCCUGAAUCGUGCCGUCGCCGGUCGCCGUUCUACAAUCAAAGCUGGCGGACGCUCCUCUCGUUGAUUUUCCGAUCAAAGCCGGUUACCACUCGCCGUCCUCCUUUCCCCCAGCUUGUGACCAUCCUCGGCUUCUCCUCUGCUGAGUUUUUGCCAGAGUUCCCAUCCAUUGACGUUUCUAGGGUUUCAUUUCAUCCGAGAAAUGCACCCUCCUCUGACUUUGCAUAGGCAUCCGAUGUGUGCAGAGAUCAUUGAACAGUUUCAAAAGUGCCAUAUAGACCAUCCUAUUGCAAAAUUCUUUGGGCAAUGUACUGAGCUGAAGAUAAAGCUGGACCGCUGUUUCCGUGAGGAAGUGGGUUUCCUUCCUUUUCCAUCUGCUACUACAAAAGCUUUGAAACGGAAGGCUAAUUUUGAAAAGAGUAAGAUCUUGAAGGAGAGGAUUCAGGCCCAGAGACAAGAAAUGACCAAGAAAGGCCUUGAAUAAUAUCACAAACUAGCAAUAUGAGGACAAAUACCUUAUUCAAAAGAAUGAUGUAUUUUUUACUUCCCCGUAAAGAUAUUUUCUGUUUAUGCACCACAGCUGCUCAUUCCUAUGAACGUGGACACAUUCCCUGAAUGAGGAUCACAUCCGCAUAAUUUGGGCCGGGGCCAAUUAAUUAUUUGUCAAUGUCUGGGAUGUGACACAGUCAUCUUGCUUUAAAUUGCACAUUGAUUUGAUAGUCAUGUUUUAUUAAUCCAAAAGGAUUUUUAGGGUAUCACAGAAUAUUGUCUGUAUCUAGCUGCUAAUGUGCUUGUAUUUAUACCCUAUUGCCUGUUGUUUCUAUUGAACAAUGUUGACGAACUGUGUUGUUAUAUCGUCUAAUAAAAUUCAACUAGUUUUUCCUUGACA